AUGGGGUACGACCAGCAUCCUCGAUCCAUCCUGACUAAGGGAUGGCAAGGGUCUUUGUCACCUAAAAUGGGACAAAACCCCCCUCAGCCUCAGGAAACAAAGGCACCCAAGAAUCAAAAGGAACUAACGAAAGGUGCCAAGAAGGAGAAUUCUUCAUCUCAAUCAACAUGCAACUUCAUUCUGAUCAUGGAGCUUAGGAAAAAAAUCACAGCUUUCAGAGAAUUAUUUGAUCUACCGCUUCCUAAUACAUCAGUUUCAAUGGAUCAGUUGCUGGUAGGGACGAUGAAAGAUCUUCAUAAGUUCUACCCUGAAAGCAUACCCAAUUUCCGAUUUUCAGAAUUGAAAAGAUUACCUCUUGAUAAGGUGCUGGUAUACUUUUGCAAGGCAUUGCAAGGCCUUGGAGACACGUCGGAGAUGAGUGAUGAGUGGAUAUACAAAUAUAAACAUGAUAUAUAUGAGUAUGACAAUGAAAAAUGCAAAAAAGUUGAUAAACUCGUUGAAAUUGCUGUGGAAACUCUCAAUGGAUUGAUUAAGAUAGCGAGAGAGAAAUUCGAUAUGACUGAUGAAGAUGAUGAGAACAAGGAGUUUGGUUUGAAGGUGAAAACGUUUGGAAAGGUCUUGAAGGAAUCUUAUUCAGACAACGGAUCCAGUUGUCCUUCUCCCGUGACACCGACUUCAGUACUUCCUGAGGUGAAGAAUGGUUCACCAAAAUCCUCAUCAUCUGCUUUGUUGCCUCUGAGGGUUCAAGCUGCGGAGAAACUGAACCCUGUCGAUGUGAAGCAGCUCCCGCUAGAUAUGCUUCCCAAGGUUCGAGUCCAUGUUCCUAGCUCUUUGAACCAAAAGAAGGCUACCAAUGAGAAACAAAAGAAAGAAGUGAAGGGCAAUUCUCCAGUUAGAAAAGCAUCACUUGUUGACGAAACCGGAGAUUUCAGCUUUCGAAAUAAUGCUGAUAGUGAUAAAACGAAGCUCUCACUAAAUGCAGCACUGCCAAUUUCACCACCAGCGAUGCAACCUUCCAAGUUGAAAGAUAAAGAAUUGGUUGCUGAAAAAUCACCACAACUACGACCACGACCACCAUCGGCAUCACCAUUGCCUUCACCGCCAACAUCUCCAUUGCCAUCAGCAUCACCAUUGCCUUCACUAGCAUCAUCAGCUGAAGUUUCAUUGCCAACACCACCAUCAGAGCGAGCAAAGAUGUCGACAGAUAUGGACACAGACAUAAAGUUACGUCCACCACCAGCAGAACCAUCAGCUGAAGUUUUACCUCCAAUCCAGCCAUCAAAGCUUCCAAAAGAUAUCGGAGUAGAUAUAAGAUCCUUAACACCACCAGCGCCACCAUUCUUGCAGCCAAAUGUAGUAUCAGGAGGACCACCGGCACCACCAGCACCACCGUUGUUACUGCCAAAUGUAGUCUCAGGAAAACCAUUAGCACCACCUUUGUUGCAGCCAAAUGUAGUAUCAGGAGGACCACCAUUUCCCCCACCCCUAACAUCAAAACCAACUGUAGAAGCUGCACAAGCAACACCGGUAGCAGCAGCCGGAAUACCAUUGCCGCUUCCACUGUCACCCCCUCCUCUGGCCUCAUCGAAGCCAAUUGUAGUGGCUACAGGAGCACCCCUUCCGCCGCCACCUCCAAUCCUGUUGAGGUCAAAAGUAGAGCCUAAUGGAGCACCGCUUCCAGUUCCACCACCACCUCCACCCCCUGGAACAACAUCAACGAUGCCACAACCUCCUCCACCAGCUGCAGCAAAAGCCUUGAGCCCCAAGAAAGCAAAUACUAAAUUUAAGAGACAAUGUCCGAUGAGUAACCUAUAUCGGGUUCUUAGGGACAAAGUAGAAGGAUGUCCCAUGCAAAGCAAAUCAUCCAGUGAAAAAAAUAUAGGCUUUGGAAGCAUCCCUAGCGGGAAACAUGAGAUAUCUGAUGCAUUAGCAGAGAUGACAAAGAGAUCAGCUUGCUUCCAACAGAUCGAAGAAGAUGUCGAGAAAUAUGCAAAAUCAAUCACAGAGCUCAAAACUGCUAUCAGCACAUUCAGUACCAAUGACAUGACUAAGCUCCUCAAGUUCCACAAACAUGUGGAAUUGAUUCUUGAAAACUUAACAGAUGAAACUCAGGUUCUAGCAAGAUUUGAAGGAUUCCCCAUUAAAAAGUUGGAAGCAUUAAGGGCGGCGUCAGCCCUUUACUCGAAGUUAGAAUCAAUGAUCACUGUGCUACAGAACUGGAAUUUUGAGGUUCCUUUGGCUGAGCUUCUUGACAAGGUUGAUCACUACUUCAACAAGAUUAAAGGGGAAAUAGAGGCCUUGGAGCAAACCAAAGAUGAAGAAUCCAAGAAAUUUAUGAGCCACAACAUUGAGUUCGACUUCCAAAUUCUUGUACAAAUCAAAGAAGCACUGGUUGAUGUUUCCUCCAACUGCAUGGAGUUAGCAAUGAAGGAGAGAAGAGAAGUAAAGUUGACAGAAAAUGAAGGGUCCAAAAGCAAAGCUGAAGCACAAAAGAAGGGGUGCGUUAAAAUGCAAUGGAGGGCUUUCCAACUGGCUUUCCAGGUUUAUAGAUUUGCCGGAGGACAUGAUGAUCGUGCCGACAUGCUGUCCCGAGAAUUGGCUGAAAAAAUCCGGACCGAUCCUCAAUAA